ACGCAUUCGGGUGUCGAUGGGAGCGGAUGUGUCGCCUCGCUCCUAACGACCGGCAUUUUGAAAAAAAAUAAAUUAAACGCGUCCUCUGAACCGUCCUUUGGAUUUAUAGUGUUUUAUAAUAUAUGAAUGCUUCCAAGUGUCUGUAUUAACUAUUUUAGCUUUAUAUAAUGGAAAGUAGGAACGGCAGUCUUGAAUUGUCUACAAGGAGUUUGAAAAACUAUUUCUGAUUAAUCCUUUUUUUUAUUAAUUAGACAAAAAAUAAUAAUAUUACUGUAACGUUACUUCUGAUUGACUUAUAUGUAACAUCAGUGUAGUGUGCGUGGUAUCGUUGUGUUAUGUAAAUUAUUAGACAACUAUGUCGAAGACUUUGAACGCGUACAGAAUUAAGAAGAUCGAAUCUCUGGGCAGAAUGACAGCGAUGUCGCAGGAGGAAAUGGUGACGGGAGCGAGGACGGUCGCGGCCGGCCUGGAGGCGCUCAAGGCGGAGCACGCGCAGCUGCUGGCGGGGCUGGCUGCCAACACGGAGCACGAUGAGAAGGUGGCCCUCGUCAGGAAGAGCAUCGACGCCAUCGAGCUGGGGCUAGGAGAGGCACAGGUGAUGAUGGCGUUGGCGUCAUAUCACCAGUCAGUCGAAGCUGAGAAACAGAAGCUACGCACACAAGUCCGAAGACUGUGUCAGGAGAACGCGUGGCUCAGGGACGAGCUGGCGGCUGCCCAGCAGAGGUUACAGGCCUCGGAGCAGAGGGUCUCACAGCUGGAGGAGGAAAAUAAACACCUGGACUUUAUGGCAUCUAUACGUAAAUACGAUAGCGACAUCACCGAGGAGUCGGAGACGAGUCGCGGCGCUCAGGCGGACGGCAAGAGGGACGAUCCCAUGGUGGACCUGUUCCCUGACGAGGACCACGACGACAACAGGAACAAUAAGUCGAUGUCCCCGACUCCGCCGUCUCAGUUCGCGCAGCAGAUCAACGCCGGGUACGAGAUACCCGCCCGCCUCCGCACACUCCACAACCUGGUGAUCCAGUACGCGUCCCAGGGUCGGUAUGAGGUGGCCGUGCCUCUCUGUAAACAGGCGCUCGAGGACUUGGAGAAAACAUCGGGUCACGAUCACCCAGACGUCGCCACCAUGUUGAACAUACUCGCGCUGGUCUAUCGUGACCAGAACAAAUACAAAGAGGCGGCGAACCUGCUGAACGACGCGCUGUCCAUCAGGGAGAAGACCUUGGGCGAGAAUCACCCGGCCGUGGCGGCUACGCUCAACAACCUGGCCGUGCUGUACGGGAAGCGAGGCAAGUACCGCGAGGCCGAGCCCCUGUGCAAGCGCGCCCUGUGUAUCCGCGAGGCCGUGCUGGGCAGAGACCACCCAGACGUCGCUAAACAACUCAACAACCUGGCUCUGCUUUGUCAGAAUCAGAACAAGUACGAGGAGGUGGAGCAAUACUAUCAGCGCGCGCUGGAGAUAUAUGAAAGCAAACUGGGCCCGGACGAUCCCAACGUGGCCAAGACUAAGAACAACCUCGCCUCGUGCUACCUCAAACAGGGCAAAUACAAGGAGGCUGAAACCUUAUACAAGCAAGUAUUGACACGCGCACACGAGAGGGAGUUUGGAACUAUCGACGGAGACAACAAACCCAUCUGGCAGGUCGCGGAGGAGAGGGAGGAGAACAAACAUCUGCAGAAAGAGAACGCGCCCUACGGCGAGUACGGCGGCUGGCACAAGGCGGCCAAGGUCGACUCGCCCACCGUCACCACCACGCUCAAGAACCUGGGCGCCUUGUACAGGAGACAGGGCAAGUACGAGGCCGCGGAGACGCUCGAGGACUGCGCGCUGCGGACCAGGAAGGAGCACGGUCCACCCCAUGCUUUGGACAUCGUGAAACAGUCGCGCGCGAGGAGCGGUCGGAGAGACGCGGAGCGGGAGACCGAUGAGCAUGAAGCGCGCAAGCUCCCUGUCCGAGCUCAGUAAGACGGAGACUCCCAGCUCGCCGCCCGAAGACCGGCCUCGGUAGCGCUCGUCCUCUGCACGGAACGUCUUCAUCUACGUCACGUCGACCCUCGUACGAAUACUCUCUCUACAGUCAUGAUGCUGACAUUGGCUGAAUGAAUUGAGCAUUGUUACAAAUAGCUUAAAAAAAAAACAAAUUUAAGUAAUAUUGAAAUAUAUAUCCAAACAUCUUGGAUGGUCUAUUUAACAUUAUUUUUUAAAUUUCAUGUUUCAUUUCCUAGAAUGCGUGUUAUUCACAACAUUAAUAUAAUUAUUCAUUUUAUAUAUUUUUCGAUAUAUUCGAUUGUAUUUAAAAAAAAAUUAUCUACAUUAAUUCCAUUUUUUUAUUAUUGUUCUGCUUAUUUAACAUAACUAUAUUGUAAGGAAAUCAAAGAGAUGAAUAUUAUGUGUCAUUGAUGAUAAUUUAAUUAUAAAACCGUGUGCCGUAUGUCGUGUUCUAUCAAAAGUUUGGUUUCACAAUCCUGAACUGACAACUGUUAAACUUCUACCAUAAACCAUCUAAAGCUGUAGUUGUUGACUCGUAGCUUCAUUUAUAAGGUUGUGAAACCUAAAAGAGGUGCUUGUUAUUUAACAAUAUAGUUGCUCUUUCGCUAACUGAUUGCUAAACGUUUGGAAGCAUCUCUUAAAAAAUUAAAAUGUAGUGUGUAAUGAUAAAAGAAUAAUAUUUUAGCAUCGUCGAGUAUUUUGCCGAAGUGUACUUAAAAUAAGGCUUCCCGGCUUAGUGUUGCUCGAAGAAUUUGUAAUAUUAGAAACGUGCAAGAACUUAGAAAUAAACAGAUCGUGAAAUCUCGUUUGAUAAUCUUUGGACGACAAAAAAGAUUUUUUAAUUCUAUAUAAAUGGUUAAAAGUUUUGAGAGUUUAAAUGUUAUAAAUUCUUUUGCGGCAAAACACAUAGCGGCUUAUUUAUAAUAUUGAUCUCAGUUAAUAUGAUACGAAAUAAAUUAUGAAAUAAAA